AUGACCGUGCACAAGAGAGAAAUUCUCUCUCCUCAACAUCAACCAUUCCCCCUUUUGAACAAAUUGAAUAUCUUCAUUUGCCCUUUCCCGAUCGUUUCAUUACUUCCGUACUUUGUUCAACAAGAAUUGAUUCCUCGGGUCUUGAAUCCAAAGAAGAAACUCUUAUUGCAUUGUUGGGGAGGUCAUGGCAGAACAUCCACCGUGUCGUGUGUCUUGCUGAGUCACUUGUAUCGAUUGAAUGCACAACAAGCUUUGGAACGGGUGUCACAUGCUCACUCUUGCGGAAAGCCUGCCAGAGGUCGAGCUCCAGAAACUCCUUCACAAAUCAAGCAAGCGAAAAAGUUAGCAUUCGGAUCGACCUAUGAUUCCGAUGAGGAAGAGUAG